CGACUCGGCUACGAACCGAAAUAUUCGGGACGAGGGUGUUAACGAUACUACGGAACCGCUAAGGUCUAGAGCCCGCUAGAAGGCUAGAAGGGUACAUUGUUCUAUGGCUUGGUCGCAGUCGGUUGCAGAUUGCAGCCGUCCAUGGUCCAUGGUUCCAAUUAAGGGCCGUAGCAAGGAUAACGUGGUUCGCUGGGCUCGCGUGGGAUUAAUCCUAGUCAGCUUGAUGUUGCAUCUUGCAUUACUAUGUCUGGUACACUAUCUCGGUAGGCCUUUUGGGGGGCGACCAGGUCUUUGCGAUCUCGAGAGAUUUUGCAUUUUGAUGUUUUCUAUGUUAAGUCUUUCCGUCUUUUUGCGAGCCUCAUUUGUUUAGCAAGAUCGAAUAACACACAUAUAUGCAUUAAUUUAUAGAAGAAACAACUUGUUUGGUUCCGGGAAUGCCAUCAUAACCGUUCGAGC